GUGAUGAAUGAUCAAUAUUGAUGGAAGAAAAAAAAAGAGAGUAACUUUUAAUUCUUGAUUCACCUUCGUUAGUUAAUCAGGACAACGUUUAUCCAUCGUAAUUAAAUUUAAUUUAAUUGCAUCAUUUACCCUUCACUGGAUUCCCUUGUGUAUUUUGUUUAUUGUGCAAUUAAUUUAAUCACAAUUAAACAAGGAUAAUGUUAAGCUACAUUGUUUAUGUGUUUUGCUUAAUCUCAUUAAUUGAUUUCGGUUCAACCCAAAGCCCCAAUCAAUACAGUAGCGUUAAUAGUGGAGCUUAUCCAAGGAGUGCACCACCUCCCCGCCCAUCACAGCCCAAUUAUCCGAAUAGUCAAUCACCUCCUUAUGAUCCUAAUCCGGGUUAUCGGCCACCAAAUCCUGUUCGAAGUUCAACCGAACUUCGAACUGCAUCAAAUGUCCCUUACCCACAACCCGAAAAUAUAACCGAUAUUCUGGUUGCUCAAAUUCACGGUUUGGGUGUUUUUGGUUAUGCCUCAUUCCAUCCAAUCAGAUCGACCAACGGUGGACUUCAUGUCAAGAUUCACAUCGCCGGUGGUUCUAAUGGUGAAAGUUAUGUCGCUCGAAUCUAUCAAUAUCCAGCCCAAAAUGGUGCCACUUGUUCACAAGCCUCACUGGGAUCUCUUUUAUCCGAUCUCUCCGUUCCAAAUGGCCUUAUUGAGAUAAACAGAGAAAAUUCCUUUAGUGUUCCUGCUUUGCAGGUCAAAGGACCGGCCAGUAUUAUUGGUCGAACCUUAAUGUUACAAAGUACCAAAGACGGAGCCUCAAUUUGUUCAGUUAUCAUGCCCGGUGAUCGAAGUAAAUUGAUCCUUCAGGGUAAAUUCCAUUCGCCGAUCGCUGGAAUGGCCUAUUACAUUCAGAAUGGUGAAGGCGCCGUUCUUGGUACCGAAUGGAUGAUGUUUUCCGAUGGUAAACGACGAGAUGAAUCGUUUGCAUGGAAAUUGAUAAAAGCAGGACAAGAUGACCUUUCGAACGAUAAGAAAAUAAUCAACGAGAAAAACCGUUGCAUCGAUUUAAGAGGAGACAUUAUUUACUCUUCGAGUGAGGUUCUUUUACCAGUCAGCACUGAGUCUCCCAUUUGGAGAGGUCGAAUGCACACUGGCCUUGAUCCCGUUGUUUCUCGUGACGAUACAAUUUAUCUUGUUGUCUCUAAGGCCAAUGGUUCACCCGUCGCUUGUACUUCACUCAAUCAAAUCUUACCAAAAGUUGGACUCGCUCAAUUUGAUUCUAAUAAUAACAAUGGUGUCGAUGGUACAAUUAAGUUCACCCAAGAUUCACCUUUUGAACCAACUCGAGUUUCGAUUAACUUGAAACUUUUCACUGCCGCUUUCAGUUAUGGUAUUGACGUUUUACCAAGUCUUCGUCGGCGAAAUAAGGAAAUCAAAAGUUGUCCCAAUGUAAAGGAAACUAUUUACAAUCCUUUCCAUGUUGAUCCCGAUCGCGUUCCAUCUCAAGGUCAAGGUACAACCGACAUGUACGCUGUCGGUGAUCUGUCUGGUAAAUACGGAACCUUAGAAUCAAAACCAACGGUCAACCUUCAAACCUACGAUUCCAAUCUACCUCUAUUUGGAUACUAUUCAGUAAUCGGUCGCGCCAUUGUGAUCUAUGGACCUAACGGACCAGCAGUUACCUGUUCGAACAUAGAUCCUUAUGGUAAACCAUUGACAACCGCUUAUGCCACUUUCGAUUACCCAAUUCAAGGUCAAUUUAUCUUUAGACAACCGGAGGGCGAGUGUUUUUCGGACACUUACCUUUACAUUGAAGUCUCAAGACACCCAAGUGCCUCAACAACCAAAACAGUAAAUCAUAAUUGGCAUGUUCAUGUUAAUCCAGUUACAUUGGAAGAUCAAGCUUUAAGUACAACAAAAUGCGCUCAGGCUGCAGGUCACUUUAACCCAUUCAAUGUCUCCGUUUCUGAUCAUAAUCCAAUUUAUGUUCGUGAUUGUAACAUAUUCACACCGACACGUUGUGAGGUCGGUGAUUUAGCCCAUAAACUUGGACCUAUUGACAUUCCUCCCUACAAGGCAGGUCAAGACGGAAAAGAGCCCGAAGUGGCUAAAUAUUAUUGGAUCGACAGCGAUCUACCUCUUUGUGGACAAUCAAAAAUUGUCCAAAGAUCUUUGGUAAUCCAUGAACCCGAUUUCCAAAUGCCGAGACUCAGUUGUGCCAAUUUAUUAGUUUAUCAACCGAAAACUACAAAAUAAUUAAAUUCAAUUUAAUUACCACAAAUGUAAUAACAAAUUUCACUAUCAAAUUGCCCAACAAUAAAAUCAGAGAUGUAAAACUGAUUAACAAAAACAAAAAACAUCUCUAAUUAAUCUAAGCUUUA